AUGGCGAGUGACUUUAGCCGGCAUCAAUCGUUCUACUACUACGGUCACGAAGCGAUGCCUCAGUGCGGUGUAAAUGUAAAAAUGGAGCACCUUGAGGUGCCCUCAACUCUCGCCGACAGUUACGGUGGUUCGGCGAUGUACGGAUUCGGUCAGGUGACCACCGCUUCCAACGCACCCAUGGUUCAGCAAACUUCCUCCGUGGCGCCGAACGUGGUGGUCCUGCCCGGGUUCAUGGACAACUCAUACCCGGAAAGCUGGAUGACACCGAGUCCGUCCAGUUUCGGGUCCGAAAGCCCCGAGUACUACUCGCUGGCCAACUCGCCCCAACGCAGCUUCAUUGACGUCGAGGAGUACAAGGAAAAUCUGCUCGGCAUGCAGCGGCAACAGCAUCAGCAGCAGCAACCAUCUACGACCCAGAUGUCACCGCCGACUCUUCCCCUGUCGCCACCACUAGGUGCCCACGCUCAGCAGCAGCAGUGUUUGGGUAACCGAGCGGCCGUGGCUCCACAGGCGUCGAUCGCAACCGCCCCACCAACGGGGCCUAGCCUGCCGGUCAAAAAGCGACAGUACAACCGGAAACCGAAGGUCAAGCAGCCGGAACAGCUACCGGCUUCCGGGCAAACCGAAGCUACCUCCGCCACGGAACUGUCCUGUCUGACGUUUGCCAAAACGUUCACGAAAUCCGCGACCCAGGAUCCGGCGCCUCAUCUAGAAUCCCACCCCAACGGAGCGCUCCUGACGACGACCGGCGGUGGCUGUGUCGCAAUCGGGAAGCGGAAGCGCAAACUGGUGUCACCGGUGAUCAAGAAGAAACGUCGGCUGGCGGCCAACGCACGCGAGCGUAAGCGGAUGCAGAGCCUAAACGAUGCUUUCGAUCGGCUGCGACAGUAUCUGCCCUCGCUGGGAAACGAUCGGCAGCUCUCCAAGCACGAAACACUGCAGAUGGCGCAGACCUACAUCACCGCGCUUUACGAGCUGCUGCAGUAG